AUGCCUGCCUACGAGCUCCGAUCGGGGGGAGACGUGAAGAACAAGAAGCAGAGUGUCGCCGACCUCAAAUACCGACGAUUGACCGAGCUCAAUGCUCGCCUGAAGGAGGAUUUGGACCGUCCCCGGGUGAAGGUGUCGGAUGCCGCAGGAUCUUUGAUCGAUUACUGCAACAACACUCGCGACUUUAUGGUGCCGUCCGUAUGGGGUCCGAUUACCAAGCACGACGACCCUUACGCUCCUCCGCAGCAGAAGGGUUGCUGCACGGUCAUGUAA